GUGCCGCGACUUCCUGCGUGUCUUCGUCCUUGCCUUAGUUUCCUACCUGGAAGUCCAGACCGCAUGUCCUCGGGCCCCUCCGCAGCGACAGAGGCGGCACCUCGUGUCGCAGAUACAGCAGGACCUGUCUUCAGGUCCUUCGUUGGUGUGGGAGAUAGGGGUACACCCGAGGAGGAAGCCGGGCGCUCGGCCUCCGUGCAGCCUCGUCUCCUGGAAUCUGAGUAUUGGAAACUGGCUUUUACCUCGGACACCACAGCACAGCCUCCCAUGGGAAUCAAGGUCACAGCAAAGCCGCCCUGGGUCUCCAUUCUCCUGUUGCACGCCAGGGCCUGUGCUGACCACAUCCACGUGCCGCUGGGGCUCUGAGGAGGAAUGGCAGCAGUGGGCAGCCUGCUUGGCCUGCUGAGAUGCAGCACUGUGAAGGCCACCGGGCCUGCACUCCGCUGCCUGCACACAUCCGCCUGGCGGGCCGACAGCAGCAGGGCCUCACUCGCUCGUGUGCACCGCCAGGCCUACGCGCGCCUCUACCCCGUGCUGCUGGUGAAGCAGGAUGGCUCCACCAUCCACAUCCGCUACAGGGAGCCACGGCGCAUGCUGCUGAUGCCGAUAGAUCUGGACACGCUGACUCCUGAGGAGCGCCGGGCCAGGCUGCGGAAGCGUGAGGCUCAGCUCCGGCAGACGGAGGACUACGAGCAGGAGUUCAGCGAUGACUUUGAUGUGGAGCGCUACCGACGGUUCUGGGCCAAGACCAAGAAGUGACUGGCUUCUUGGUCAAAGCCACGCUGGGACAUUGCUAAGAUGGGAGAGCAGUUCUUAAAUCACACGCUCUCAAAGCUGCCACCUGGA